AAUUCUUUUUUUUUUAAACAAAAAUCACAUAUAUAUUCAUAAAGAUCCAGUUACUCUACCACAGUCACCAUGGCCACCGUUAUGACCAAAAUGAUGAACGUCCCUCCAGGAACGUCCCCCUCCUUCCCCUCCUCCUCCUCUUCCUUUUCACCGCCACAAACAAUCUCCACUCAAUCUUCGCCGUCUCCUUCGCUCCCUCUCCGUAAAAUUCCUGGCUCCUACGGUUGGCCAUUGCUCGGACCAAUCUCAGACCGGCUAGACUACUCCUGGUUUCAGGGACCGGAAACUUUCUUCAAAAAACGGAUUGAAAAGUACAAGUCGACGGUUUUCCGUACAAAUGUGCCGCCAACAUUUCCUUUCUUCACCGAUGUGAAUCCGAACGUUGUGGCGGUUCUCGAUUGCAAGUCUUUUUCUCAUCUUUUUGAUAUGGAGGUUGUGGAGAAGAAAAAUGUGCUGGUCGGCGAUUUCAUGCCGAGUCUUAAGUUCACCGGUAAUAUUAGAACCUCCGUUUAUCUUGACCCCUCCGAGCCAGAGCACGGCAAGGUAAAACGCUUUGCCAUGGACGUCUUGAAACGAAGCUCUAAGGUAUGGCUAACCGAGCUUCUAACCAACCUUGAUACGCUUUGGGAUACCGUGGACAAGGAAAUAUCAGAAAAAGGCAAAGCAAGUUACCUAUUCCCUCUUCAGCAAUGCAUUUUCAAGUUCCUAAGCAAAUCCCUUGCCGGGGCGGACCCAGCAAAAUCGCCGGAAAUUGAGAAGUCCGGCUAUGCCAUGCUGGAUCGGUGGCUGGUCGUCCAACUCCUCCCCACCGUCCCCAUCACUGCCUUCCAGCCUCUAACCGAAAUCUUUCUCCACUCUUUUACCUACCCUUUUUUCCUUGUUAGUGGAGAUUACAAGAAGUUAACAGAAUUCAUCAAAAAAGAAGGUCAAGAAGUGAUACGACGAGCUGAAACUGAGUUUGGACUGAGGGAAGAAGAAACGAUUCACAACCUCCUCUUUGUACUCGGUUUCAAUGCAUAUGGUGGCUUCUCCGUGUUCAUACCUACUCUAAUAAACGUAAUAGCAAGCGACACUACUGGCUUACAAGAAAAACUACGUAAGGAAGCCAGAGAAAACGGCGGCUCGAGUUUAACGUUUGACUCAGUAAACGACAUGCCGCUCAUUCAAUCUGUAGUUUAUGAGACACUUAGACUCAACCCACCUGUUCCUCUCCAGUACGCAAGAGCUAGAAAAGACUUUAAACUGAGUUCACAUGACUCGAUGUUUGAGGUUAAAAAGGGUGAAUUAUUGUGUGGGUAUCAAAAGUUGGCGAUGCAAGAUUCCAAGAUUUUUGAUGACCCAGAGAAUUUUAAGCCGGAUCGGUUCAUGGGUUCGGGUAAGGAGUUAUUGAAUUACUUGUAUUGGUCAAAUGGACCACAGACCGGGUCACCCAGUGAGUCAAAUAAACAGUGUGCUGCUAAGGAUUAUGUGACUCUCAGUGCAAGUUUGAUUGUGGCCCACAUGUUUAGAAGGUAUGAUUCUGUUACUGGUGAUUCUUCUUCAAUCACAGCCGUUCAAAAAGCUCGUACAUGAUGUUAAUGUUAAUGUUGUAAUUUAGAAUACAUAAAUAAGGACUGAUUGUGUGUAUGGCCACCGAUAAGUCCACAUUCUCUAGGUUUGGUCAGUAAGGACUUUAAUUUUAAAACUCAGAAUAUUAUUUAGUCCUUACAUAAAAUUCUGUCACAUUUUAAGAGGCAAACCGUUCGCUCUUCCUAAAUGUAAUUACUAUAUAGUGCUCAUAGUUUGGUGACAUACACUACUAUGCAAGGCUAUGCGGUUUCAAUUGUGAUUUGGUUCUGGAAAAGAACUGAAACCAAAAUCAUAAUUCUGUUCUUCUUACUUU